CAGAGGGAUACGAGUAGGGUAUAUAAACCCAAUCCAGCAGAUUUCGAAGUGACCUCGAUCAAAUCUACAUCUCUGAUACUAUUUGCAUAAAUACACCACAACCACACGCUUCAAUCCCCACCUAUACCUAACUCAACAACACCCACCCACCCACUAAAUUUACUAAACUAAACACCACGAAAAUGGCCUCCAACUCCAACCGCCUCCCCCAAGCCACGAGCGGCGGCGCCUCCGCCGAGCCCACGCCCGCCAACAACGCCGGCGGCGGCAGCGGCUGGGGCGACUCGGGCCACCCUAAGGGCGGGGUUUCUAGCGACGUCCUCACGGCCCCGGAAUUCCGCGACAUCAGCGACCAGAAGUCGGCGGCGGAGCACAAGUUCCUGGGCCGGUUCGACGAGGGCCAGGGGAUGCAGGAGGGGACAUGCGCGACCGAGGACCACAGCUUCAUGGAGCGGAAGCCCGGCGGGUCCGGGGCGCUGCCGGGCUGGGAGACGAUGAAGGAUAAGUUGGGUUUUCUCUAUCCUGAGUGAAACUUCUUCUUCUUCUUCUGAUUGAGGGGGAGGUGUUGUUGGCUUGGGCUGCCCGAUAGGGGAUGGCGUUAUUCGUGUUCGCUGGGUUGUUUGGUUCUAGUGUUUGUCUUUUGUCGGUGGGGUGUAUGGGAUUAUUAGGGUUAAUGAUAUUAUGAGAUGGAAUGCAUGAAUCUCUUCAACUGGUGAUUGCAUUCGUAGAUAGGGUGUGAU